GCGCGGGCUGGCCGUCGCCUGCCUCGGCGGACCGCUCUACGCCAUCGGCGGCCUGGACGACCGCAGCUGCUUCGGCGCCGUGGAGAGAUACGACCCGCAAUCCGACACGUGGAGCUUUGUCGCCUCCAUGAACAUCCCGCGAGGGGGCGUCGGCGUCGCCGUACUCAAGGGUCACCUGUACGCGUGCGGCGGUAACGACAACAGCGCCUCUCUCGACUCGUGCGAGCGUUACGACCCGCACCUAAACAAGUGGACAUUGGUGGCGCGCAUGAACCGACGCAGGGCCGGAGCUGGGGCGACGACGCUCAACGAACACAUCUACGUGUUAG